AUGUUAGUUUGAGCUUAAACAACGUGGUUACGGAUAAUCGAAUAUUGUGUGGUCUAAGUGCCGGCCCCACCGCCCGCUUGCCAUGCAGAACAAAACAAAACGAUCGAUUGAAAGAAAUGUUUUAGUUGUUUCUUUUUAAUGUGAGCGAGCGGGGUAAUGAAUAACUCGUGUAUAGUGAGCGGUAUUACAAUCGCUAAGAUAAACGACAAGAAUUAAAUGAUUCUCAAAUUGCUUGUUAAGGUCAAACAAACACUAAGAAAACUCAACCAAGAAAAUGAUGCAAAGCAUAAUCAAAAAAAAAAAAAAAUGGUAGUGAACAGGAAAGAUCCCAAGAAAUAAACAGCAACCAAAGUCAACAUAAAUAAAAUCCAUGACAAUGAUCUUUGAACAACAAACUAGAGGCCAAAAGCAAUGAAAACAACAAAAUUUAAACUAAAGCAGAACAAAUACAGAGCGACAAAUAAAUACAACUCUACAAAAAACCAGAUUAAAAGUUUUCAAAGUAAAGUGGAAAAAUAAAUAAAAAAUAAUUGGAAUAAGUGCGGAAAAGAAGAGCACACAAAAAAGCUUAAGCAUACGUUUGUAAUGGAGUGUAAUGUUUAUUUAAUUUUGAAAAAUAAAACAAAGUAAAUAAUUUAAAACAAAAAUAUCUGGAUCAAACAAAAUAACCGCCUUUGUGAAAAAGAAGUGCUAAAACGUAUUUUUUGACUCAAAAAAAAAUAACAGUUUACAACAAAGAGUUCAAUAUACCCAUCUUAAGUUUGAAAAUGCCAAAUUCUUACGAUCAGAACAACGAGACAUCUUUGUCAGCAUCAAUGUAAGGCGACGAGAUAGUAGUGUCUUACAAUUCCUUGGGGAAUCAACUUACAAGCACUGCCAUACCAGUCGUUCAUCAUUAUCAUUAGCGGCAAUUUAGUGCAGCAUAUUUGUUGUUGGUCACUUUUUGGAUUUCUCAAAGAGAUCAUUUUCUUUUCUGCCUUACUUUGGUCCUUAAACCGGAUGAUUCUUCAUGGAUCGUUUGCCAUUAAGUUGUGGCAACAAUUUUUGUGGAUUUUAUUUUAACAACAUCUUCAGAAGCAUUCUCGACCAUCCGAGUACCAGCAAAAAUUCCAUCCGACAACAACAACAACGUUUACUUGCCACAAUACACAUUACAACGAAAACCACUAGCACCAUCAUUUUUAGCUUUAGCGGCUGCGGCGGCAACUUUGGUCGAAACCAAGUCAUUGGCAGCUUAACGUUUGUCUGCCUUAUAAUCAUCGUCAUUAUUUGGAGUACUUUGCCGCUUACAGAUGCCUUAUUAUGUCCACGGCUAAGGAUAAAAUAAAUUUUCAAAACACUUGGAGCUGUAACAAAACAACUGGACGCCGUUCUGGAAGUAAGUUUAAGACGAUUUCAAACUCAAGAUGGAAGUAUCUCCAAUCGAUACGCCGCCUAUUGGAACACGACACCAGCGCCUCGGUAUGCCCCAGCUGUCGCAUUUCAUUCGACAAAGGCAAAAGACGAAAAUUGAUCGAUACUUGCGGUCAUGAACGCUGCUAUUCCUGCAUGUUUCGCAACGAUCAAUGUCCCAUGUGUAUGAAUAGUUCGCUCAAAGAUGUUGAUUGCAGCAGUAAUGCUCAAGGCUAUGACACGGGCAUUGGUGGUUCAACAUCGACAAUUGUUAGCCCUCUGGGCUCGCCACAGCCACAACUGAGAUCACAAGUGCAACGUGCAAAUGCAGCCGCUUUGGCUCGUUACAUGCAGCAUAACCGUCAAGAGUCCAUAUCACCUGAAUAUCAUCGUUAUGCCAGCAUUGGAAAACUACCCAAGGCUUCAACAUCAUCAAUUGGUGGUGGUGGUGCAGCUUCAUCCACAAAUGUAUCGAAAGGCUUGCAACAACAUCAUACCGUUACGGCGGAUAUUCAUAAUAACAAUAAUAUUGGCAGCAACGGCGGCGGACAGCAUCAGUACAAUGGAGGAGGCGGUGGUGGUGGCGGCGGUAACAACGGUACCUCUUCAUCCGUCAGCUCGAGUGGUGGCCAGAGCCUCCAUCAUCAUCACAAUAAUAACUAUGGCGAAAUUCAUGCUUCAUCAUUUGCCACACCACCGACACGCCGUCGCUUUUUUAAUCACAAAAAUUUGCGCAACGCUUUAACCAACGGUGUCAGCGGUGUGGUUGGUCAUCGUCGUACCGCUUCGAAUGGUGGCUGUCCCAUUGAUACGGCCUCGAUAUUAUCAGAAGGUAAAGAUACAAAUGCUUUGAACACCUCAACAUGUUCGGAUUCGGCGGUAACCAGAAGGCGUCGCAAAAAUGUCAGCAGCAAAUUAACCUCUUCGUCAGAAUCCACGGCGGGAAGUGAAAAUCGUUUGAAUCGUUUAAGCUUGGCCGGCACCUCGGUUUACGCUGGUCACUUAUCCUCGUUGGUAUUGGGCAAGAUCAAAUCAUUCUGGAGCGUGAAUUCCAAUUCAUCGGAAGGCGGAUUAAAUCAAUUUGCAGGUAGUGAUCAUUUGGGCCAUGAAGCCGAAAAACAAAAGGAUCAGUUGAGAGCCCGCUUGGGUCUUUUGCUCGAUCACGAUCAGAAUGGCAAUGCGAAUACGACCACCAGCAGCAGUUCUUCUCAAAAUAUCAGUCCCGAACAAACUUUGGCCACCGGCAGUUCUGGCUUGUCCGUGGAUCAUUUUGGCGGCAGUCAGCUCUCGGUAUCCACUAAGGAUGACACUUACAGUCUUAGUGGUAAAUUGAAGGCUUGCUCCUUGACCGAUAGUAAUGGCUAUGAAAUUUUACCUGUCAAAACCCGAAAAUCAGUGGCCCGUCGAUCUAAUCGUUCUGCCCAAAUGGGGGCAAAUGGUAAACGCAAUGCCAUCUAUAAGCCCACGCCUGUACAACCUGCCAUUCAAUUGCCUUUGAAGCCGCUGUUCUUUGAGGUUCCCCUGCAGGAACCUGAUCCCCCAUUUAUUGGACGUCAAUGGCUGAUACGCGAACUGGCCAAUACUUUGACCGCCACCGAAACUCCAGGCGUGUUGAUCAAUGGCAAUCCUGGCACUGGGAAGACUGCCUUUAUUCUGCAAUUGGUGGAAUAUUCCUGCUUUGGGCGGAGAAAGAAUGCCAACGAUUCUAGUGAGCCGGAUGGAAUUUAUUAUCAAAUCAACACCGUAACAGAUCGGCUGAGAUCGUUGGCCUCCCAUGUGGUGGGCUAUCAUUUUUGUCAAGCCGAUGCCAACUUAACUUGCCUGGUGCCCGAUUUUGUUCACUCCUUGGCAGCCCAACUCUGCCAGGCACCCCAGCUGGCCGCCUAUCGUGAUUAUUUGCUGAACGAGAACCACUUGCAGGACAUUCUCAGUGUCAAAGAAUGCAUUGCCGAUGCCGAGCGUGUUAUGAGAAUGGCCAUACUGGAGCCCUUGACAGCCUUGAAGAGGGCUGGUAAAAUUCCCUCAAAGACCUGCAUUAUUCUCGUCGAUGCUUUGUGCGAGGCAGAGUAUCAUCGUCCCGAUCAUGGCCACACCAUAGCCACAUUUCUUGCUAAAAUGACGCAAUACUUCCCCUCCUGGCUGAAGGUGGUGGCCACAGUGCGAACACAAAUGCUGGAGUUUGUCAAGGGUCUGUCCUACACCAAAAUGACUUUGGACAGCUGGGCCUCCAAUGAUCUGCUACAGAAGGACAUGCUGGACUACAUCACCUUUCGGGUGAAUAACAGCUCGGAUAUACAAAAGAAUGUGGCUGUCAUUAAGGACCACAAUACGGGCCAGCUAAAAUUUGUUGGCCACCUGCAGACUCUGACCAAGGGCUCUAUGCUGUAUGCUAAACUCAUCUUAGAUCUCAUUGAGAAGGGUCAAUUGGUUAUCAAGUCCACCAGCUACAAGGUGCUGCCUAUUUCUCUGGCCCAAAUAUUUUUGCUACACUUUAAUCUACGCUUUCCCACUGCCUGCAGCUUUGAAAAGGCUUCUCCCAUUUUGAAUGCCUGUCUGGCUGCCCUGUAUCCUCUGACGCUGAAUGAAAUCUAUUACACGGUUAGUGCUAUGAAGACGGACGAAGUGAUGCCCUGGGAUGAAUUCCUGCAAAGAUUUAAGCUCCUGGAUGGUUUUCUAAUCAAACGCAUUGACAAUACCUACAUGUUCUUCCACUCCUCCUUCCGGGAGUGGUUGAUACGCAGAGAUGAGGGAGAGUCACCCAAGUUUUUGUGCGAUUUUCGCGAGGGUCAUGCUGCCAUAGCAUUCCGUCUGUCUCGUCUGCAGGCCCCCUUGGAUCCAGAACGAACCAUGGAGCUGGGCCAUCAUAUGCUGAAGGCCCACAUAUACCGCAAUAACCAGGGACCUCAAUCACCGCGUGAUAUGCAAUCCUAUUGGGUGUCCACUGUAACCGACAAUAUUUCGGCGGCUCUGGGUUCCUUGCGCAAUGUCUACAGUCCGAAUUUGAAGGUGUCGCGUUUGAUUCUACUUGCGGGAGCCUCACCUCACUACCGCACCGAAUUUAUGGGCGAUGCCACCAUUCUGUGUAUAGCAGCCUACGAGGGCAUUGUACCCAUGGUGAGUUUAUUGCUGGAAUUUGGCGCCGAUGUUGGCUUGACCAACAGCCAGGGUUGCACUCCGCUGAUCUUGGCCGCUAUGCGAGGACAUUGUGAUGUGGUGCGUCUGCUAGUGGCUGCCGGCAGUAGUUUGGGCCAAUGUGAUACAACGCAGAGAUGUGCCUUGGUGCAGGCCGCCAGAAUGGGUCGCCUGAAUGUGGUGAAAUAUUUAUUGGCCUGCGAUUGGACCCCCAGGCCCAACUCAGGGGAUGUUUCCCUGCCAGCAGCUCUGCAUCAGUCUCUUAUAGCUGCUGCCUCACAAGAUCACAUUACCAUACUGGAAGAUCUGCUCGAUAUGGAAGAUAUCGACAUCAAUGCUGUGGAGCCAUGCUCAGGAGAAUUGGCCUUAACAUCGGCUGCCCGCAAUGGUUGCCUGAAUACCGUGGAGGUGCUGUUGACUCGAGGUGCCAACAUUGAUUUACACAACAAACAGGGCUUUACAGCUCUGGGUCUUUCCGUCAAAGAGGGUCAUUGGGCAGUGGCGGAAAGGCUGCUGCAGAGUGGUGCUGAUCUGGAUGAACCUGUGACCUCGGCCCGCAAGACUUCGCUUAUGAUAGCUGCCGAAGAGGGACAUCUGGAAAUAUUGGAAAUGCUCAUUGAGCGCGGUGCGAAUUUGGAAACUCAAGAUCAUGAGGGCUUCACCGCCUUCUCUUGGGCGUGUCUGCGAGGCCGGCAGACGGCUGCCAAAAUUCUCAUCGAAAAAGGUUGCAACAAAAAUCAUGCCGAUCACAAUGGCCGCACGGGGCUAGACCUGGCUGCCUAUCAAGGCUCCGCCCAUUUGGUGCAAUACCUAAUGGACCAGGGAGGCAACUUAGAGCAUGUGGACUGCAAUGGCAUGCGUCCCUUGGAUCGAGCCAUAGCUUGUCGCAACAUACAGGUUGUACAGGUCUUUCUACGUAAAGGUGCCAAAUUGGGUCCCACCACCUGGAGCAUGGCCAUGGGCAAACCCGAAAUACUGGUUGUACUGCUUAAUAAACUUUUGGAGGAUGGCAAUGUUUUGUAUCGUAAAAAUCGCUUCCACGAGGCGUCACAUCGCUAUCAGUAUGCCCUGAGGAAAAUCUCGAAUUUGGAAACACUGCUGGAGAGAAGCGCCAUCUUUGCACAGCUGAGAACUAAUCUAUUGCUGAAUUUAUCCAGAUGCAAGAGGAAACUGAAUGAACUUGAUGAAUCAAUAGACUUAGCUUCACAGGCUAUAGUGCAAAAACCCAGCAGCUAUGAGGGUUAUUAUGCCCGGGCAAAAGCUCGAAUGGAACAUGGCGAUCUCAAUGAAGCCCUGGCCGAUGCCAAUGAGGCCAUGCAAAAAGCCGCCCAGAGCGGUGUGCUCACCGAGGUUGUUGAAGUUCUCAAGCGGAUACAGUCUGAACUACUGACACGCAUCACAAACGAGGGUCGCAAUCAAACAUCCUCGUCAACUUCGUCCGGUUACGAAGUGUGCAGUGGCGGUGGUGCAGCUGCAACUGCAGCAACCUCUACAAAUGGUGCCUUUGAAUCUCAGCAUGAGAUGACGGAUCUGUAAAAGCUAAGUGAAGAGGAUCGACAAGAAAACAUAUCCAUCUGUAACUUAAAGCUAUACGAAUAGAAACCCAGAACACUUACGACACACACACACACACACACAUAAUCAGAUAUUUUCACAUAUACAACCUAUAUACAAGUUUUCUAUAUAAAUUUAUUCAAGUUUUGUAUUUAUU